AUGGGGCAGCUUCAGAGUCAGAGCUGCUGCUCCAAGAGCGAGCAGCCCGACUUCGAUCAAGUUGAGGUCCCCAAGUCCAGUGAGGGAAGCCCGGGUGUCUCAGAAUGUGGCGAGUCGGACAAUGAGUUCGAUUUGUUUAGCGAACCUGUUUCGGAGCGUGGCAGAGCGGACGAUGUCCACCAUGGUCGGACGUUUUCAUGCGACCUGCCCGUGGAUCUCACACAGGGCACACUGGACAUUUUUCGGGGGGUUCAGAUGCGAGAGACCAUGCGAUGGGCAGGCAGAAUCUGGCGAUAUCGGCCGUCUGAGUUAAAUGUGCAACAAAGGUCGAAGCUCAUCGGCCUUUCCAAGCAAGUGGAGCUCUUCGACAUCUUCUUCUCACACACUUGGAAGACCCGAGGAAGAUGGAAGGUCCUUUCCUUGGUCUUCCAGAGAGGAUGGCCCGUCAUGCUGGCUGCCUGGGCAGCGGGUGUAGUUCUGGCCUUCGCACUUUGCAUGCUCGAGGUUCUUCCCCUGUGGAGCAGCUGGCAGACCCCGGAUACCGAAGCCGUUCCCGUGGGAGGUUGGCUGAUGAUCUUUGGGGUGAUCUUUGCCAUCGGAGGCCUGGCAAGCUCACCAUACUUCUUGCCUGGAUGGUCGAGUGUGUGCUUUCUCGACGUUGUAUGCAUUGAUCAGACGAACGAGAAGCGGAUGCGGGAGGGGAUCAAUAACAUUGGAUCUUUUCUUCGUGCUUCAUCAGAGUUACAUGUUCUGUGGAGUGGGCCAUACUUGUCCAGACUCUGGUGCAUCUUCGAAAUCGCGGCAUAUCGUAAGCUGAACCCUGCGGGAAAGAUUGUGAUAGCACCGAUCUAUGUCGAGCUCGUGGUUUGCCAGAUCUACAUCUGUAUGCACUGCGCGGCUGCUCUGCUCUGGUAUGCCAGGCAAGGUCCAGCGCAGGGUGCAGAGCCUCUUCUGCUGGGAAGCGCCUUUGUCGUAUGUGGGUGUUCUUUUCUUCCGGCAGUACAUGCGCUGAGAAAGGGCUGCCUGUCCAAACACCAGCUCCUGCGCGAUUUGAAGACAUUCAGCUUGGAGCAUGUGAAUUGCACAAGCGCCUUUGAUCGGAGAGCCAUACGGGAUGCCAUCGUGCAAUGGUACGGUAGCUUGGACGCCUUUUCUGAGUAUGUCCGGGGACCUUUCCACCAAGAGGUAUUGGGCAUCAUCAAGCCAUGGAGCUUGAGGCUAGCAUACAUCUUCGUGAUUGUGACGCCACUUGCUGCUAUGGGUUUGGAGCCCGCCCUUGCAAUGUACAAGGGAAGGGUGGCGAUGGAGAGCAUCAUCUCCUACUUCUUGAGCUUUGAGGUGGGGAUGGUUCUGCUGUGGCUUCCCGCCUGCAUAGUUGCCUUGGACUCUGUGAGCGAUGGCAUGCUAGAGCCCACUGGCACGCGCAAAGGCUAUUUCCAGACUCUGGUUGCCUUCGCCUUCAUCGUGGUCCUCUUUGCAUGUGGAGGCAUCUGUGCAGUCCAAGCCUACUCGCGGAGUACUUGGCUGGUCCUGUUGUGGGUCACCUUCUCCGCAUUUUUUGCGAGCCUCAUGUUUCGAAGGUGCUGGUACAGCCAGUGA